AUGGGUCAUGUGGGGUCUUUUGAGCUGAACGGAGUACACAUCCAAACCAGAGCAACAUCCAACGAGAAAGAGAUCGAGAAGCAUAUAUCAUCAUUCAUGCAUCCUUCCAACAAUCAUCGAACCAAAGUAAUCGGUUUCGAUGCCGAAUGGCUUCUAUUAGACGCCACAGAACCAGAAGCCAUUACAAAAUCGAAAUGCGCCACCAUACAACUCUGUGAUGGACAUUCAUGUCUUAUUAUCCAGCUAAAUCAAUUUAACUCAUUCGAGAGUUGGGCUUAUGACUCAGAAUUGGAAUCAAAGAGAAUUUUGCGAAGUUGGAGAAGCAGUAAUGGGUUUGCAUGCAGAAAUGCUGUUGAGCUUGGACAUUUAGCUGCUACUGUGAUGAAGAGUCCUCGGUUGAGUUUUUGUGGUGUUGAUGAGUUAGCUUUUGUGGUGUGUAAGCUUGAUUUGAGAAAAUAUAGGCCUUUAACAACGGCUUUUGAUUGGGGUUGGUGUCUUCUUAGCAAAGAACUUGCUAAACUUGCUACUGUUAAUGUUUAUUCUUAUUAUAAGAUUGGGAGCAAACUGCUUCAUCGUGGUGUUGUAGGCAGAUGUAAAACUGUUGAUGGAACUUCUAAGCAGGCUACAAGAAAGAGAAAGAGAAAAGAAGUUGAAACGAAAAAAAGUAGAAAACUGUGGGAUACAUGGCAAAGAUAG